AUGGCCGCAGCCGGCAACGUCGUCGCCAAAGCAGAGGAGGCGGAGUACGUGCGACUGCUGCUACUACUCCAUGGACAUGCGCAAUGUCACGCACAAAGCAGCAUCGUGACGUGCGUCAAGGAGGAGGAGGAGGAGGAGGAGGAGGAGGAGGAGGAGGAGAUGGAGGCGGCAGAGGGCACUCGUUUCAUAUGUCUGAUCGGAGCUUGGAAGGAGCCUCCCUGGUCCACCCGGACGCCACCUUCCUCCCGCCUCUGCAUCAAUCUCCUUCCGCAGCUGCUGCUCACCCAGUCAUCGACGCCACUCCCGAGUUAA